AGAAGUUUGGUACUGCCGUCUCAGAGCUUUUGUAGUGUGGUAAAGCUUUUUACACAAGGUAGUUUUAAACGCGCCGCUGAAGUGAAAGCACGUAGCCAGAAACGGAACGGGGCAGACAGACUGAUUGGACACGGGAUUGAUAAACAGUGAUUGACUGCAUUCAUAACUAGCCGCAUUCCUUUCUCUCUUGGGAGCGUGAAUUAAAAUUGAGUGUAAUAGCGCAUAAACAACAACAACAAGAAUCAUGAGCAAGCAACUGGCGCGUCGUGUGGGCCAAGUCAACAAAUUCCUGACCGUUGCGUCGGCGAAUGCUGCGGCCACUCACAACAAUUACUUCACCUACGUCAAGGAGCUGUCGCAUCCAAUUGACCGCGAGCCUUCAAUCGUGUCCGCUGAGGAAGCCGUCAGCUGCAUUAAAUCUGGCGACACCGUUUUUGCACAGGGUGCUGCCGGCACUCCGAAUGUGCUCCUGAAUGCGAUGACUAUGCACGGCAAGUGCAAUAAGCUGCAGAAUAUAACUGUCUGUCAUAUGCAUACCGAAGGACCUGCCGAAUAUUGCAAGCCGGAGUACAAGGAUAUUUUCCGCUCCAACUCCUUCUUUAUGGGCGGCAAUGUUCGCAAAGCUGUCGCCGAGGGACGUGGCGACAAUGUACCCAUAUUUUUGCAUGAAAUUCCUCAGCUCUUUUACAAAAAGAUAGUCAAGCCCGAUGUGACCUUGAUUCAUGUGUCGCCACCAGAUCGUCACGGAUACUGCUCGCUCGGAACCAGCGUCGAUUGUGUCCGUGCUGGACUGCUUAACUCCAAGAAGAUCGUUGCUCAAAUCAAUCCUCAUAUGCCGCGUACUUUUGGGGACUCCAUCAUUCACAAAUCGCACUUUGAUUUUGCCGUUGAGGUUAACGAAAAAUUGCCCCAACAUGGAACUGGUGAAAUAUCCGCGGUCGAGAAGAAGAUUGGCCAACUGAUUGCCGAGAAUUUGGUCAAAGAUGGUGCCACACUGCAGAUGGGCAUUGGCAGCAUUCCUGAUGCUGUGCUAGCAGCUCUCCACAAUCACAAGGAUCUAGGCAUUCACUCUGAGAUGUUUGCCAACGGCGUUGUCGAAUUAGUCAAGAAGGGCUGCGUUACAAACAGCAAAAAGUCGAUGCACAGGGGACGCAUUGUUGGAUCUUUCCUUAUUGGCGAUCAAGCAUUGUACGAUUUUGUCAACGAUAAUCCCUUCAUUGAAAUGUUGGCGAUUGACUACGUCAACAACACCAGCGUGGUGAAGCAACAACCUCGCAUGACGGCUAUCAACAGCUGCAUUGAGGUCGACUUGACCGGCCAGGUUUGCUCCGAUUCGAUUGGCACUCGCUUCUAUUCCGGCUUUGGCGGUCAGGUCGACUUCAUUCGUGGUGCAGCUGAGGGUCUCGAUGGUUUGGGUGUGCCCAUCAUUGCCAUGCCGUCGACAACAAAUAAGGGAGAGAGCAAGAUUGUGCCUAUGCUUAAACCGGGUGCUGGUGUCGUCACCUCACGUGCCCAUGUCCACUAUGUUGUCACCGAACAUGGCAUUGCCUCUCUGUUCGGCAAGAAUGUGCGACAGCGCAUGUAUGAGCUCAUCCAAAUUGCCGAUCCCAAACACCGUGAAGCACUAGAGAAGUCCGCCUGUGAGAGAUUAGGAGUUAUGCCAUCGCCUAAUUAAAUGUCCCCACCCGUAAUCUGACAAUAACUUGAUUCGCGCUCAGACGUUAACAAACUAUAGAAAAGAUACAAUUUAUAUGUGCAUAGCUGAUAUUAUCAUUUUGUAAUGCAUUCUUUGAAAUUCCGGUAAAUAUUUAAAUACACCUACAGCUGAUAAUUAAAAACCAAAAUAUAA